UAAAUAAUUUUAAAAUUGACAUUAAAAUAAUCUACUGUAAUAGAUCAUUUAAAUCAAGAAUAUUGCAUUUUUUGUGGAAUAAAAAAGUAAUUAUAGUUACGGGUUGAUGGGUUUGCGUCCGUUACAGAAUAUUCGAUUUCUUGUAACGGUUAUUACAAGUUUUGAAUUUUUAAUAAAGGUAGUAUAAAAUUAUUUAAUUGAAAUAAUGCGUCCGGAUUCACGAAGCGUCUCUUUCACAUUCCACCGUGAGGUUUUGAGUGACCGGAAUUCUCCAAGGAUUCCACCAAAUCGUAACAAAAAUUUUCGUCAAAGACUUCAAGAUCGAUUUGACAAAGAAAAGCCUGAUAGUAGCAAAGAAAAAUCUAAAAUUGUUAAAAGUGCCGAUAAAAGUUGGAAUAAUAUUAGUUUGAGUACUGUAUCCGCGGACUCACGACGUGCAUUUCGCAAUGGAGCUGAAAAAUUAUCUAAGACAAUUAUAUCGGUGCGAACAACUAUUGGAACUAUUUCACAGAAAUUCCGGAGUUCAACUAGGCGAAGACAAAUUUUAGAUGAACAACAAUCACCCUGUAACUCUCAAACACCACAAACCUACUCAAGAAAUUUGUUAGGACGCACUCCAACAAAAUUAUACAGUCCAUUUGGCAUUGAAUCACCCAAGCAUGCUUGGGAUAAAGAAAAUGAUUCUGUUCCAUCGUCAGCUUCUUCUAAACACGAGACUAAUGAAGCACGUCGACCAUUUCGUUUUAUCAAAAAACGUGGCUUUGCUGCUUUGAGAUAAACGUAUUAAUACUUAUUUCAAGAUUAUUAAUAUGCAUCAUAAUCAUAAUAUAUUGCUUGGGGUCUAUAAUUAAUCAUACGCUGUGUAAUUUAUCCUACGAAUUACGCGAGAAUCAUUCCUCAUCACUACUUAGCUUAUGAAAAUUUUCGACCUGUCAUUUAUCGACGAAACAAAAAAAAAUAUCAUAAGGGCUUUAUUUAUAAUAAUAAUGGUAUCGCUAUUUUUUUACUUUAAUACCAUUUUUUACUACUAUACUAUUGAAUAUAGUCUUUAUCCUAAAACUAAAUUCCAAUAAGCACAAAUUUUUUUUUUUUGCAAUUUGAAGCGUGAUUAAUCGGAGUAACUUGGGAAAAAUUUUUCUAAAAUACGCGCUUAUUCGAAAGCUUAUUAUCUAAUUAAGUUAUUGGUGAAAAAAGCCUAAAUUUAUUAUCAAUUCUAAAAAGCCAAAGUUACGUCGAAUGUAACAAUUUAUUCUAAUACUUUUUUGUACCAAAAAAUAAUUUAUU